CCAGUCAAGUGGUAUGAUGAUUAUUACCUUCAAACCCGAGACAAAAAAAAGGGAGAUGGGGCAGGUUUCUCUUCCUUUCAACCUUUUUAGCUCAGAAGAAAUCAGAUUUAACUUCCCUUAGAAGUGCAGCUCUGCCGGGUGCAGUGACUCAUGCCUGAAAUCCCAGCACUUUGGGAGGCUGAGGUGGGCGGAUCACCUAAGGUCAGGAAUUCAACACCAGUCUGGCGAACAUGGUGAAACCCCGUCUCCAUUAAAAACACAAAAAUUAGCCAGGUGUGGUGGCUGACACCUGUAAUCUCAGCUACUUGGGAGGCUGAAGCAGGAGAAUUGCUUGAACCUGGGAGGCAGAGGCUGCAGUGGGUCGAGACUUCGCCACUGCACUCCAGCCUGGGUGACAGAGCAAGACUCCAUCAAAAGAAAAAAAAAAAAAGAAGUACAGCUCUACAAGAAUGACUUAUAAAAUGACCCAUUAACUAGGGAGGAUUGAGGCCUGACCAUGGGUUAGCCCACUAGAUGCAGGAGACCCAUGGAGGAUGUUCUUUAAUGUGGGCAACUCUCCCAAGCAGUGCAGCAAAGUAGGCAUAACAGUAAAAGUGUCUUAGCAGUCCCAGCUAGAGUAAGACUCCAUUCCUCAAGCCCCCUUCCACUUGUUAGCUUUGAGUCCCUAAACCAAAUACAUAUGAAGCCUCCAGAAGUCUAUCACCUAUCAACAGAGACAGAGUUCUCGGUAUAUAUAGCCACUGGAGUCCAACCCAGUACCAGUUGUCAGCCUUAAGGUCAGUCAGGCAGAUCAGAGCCAGUCUAGAGGUCAUUUAGUCCAGUCUCUAUAUUUUAUAGGUGAGGAAACCGAGACACAUACAAUUAGUCAAUUUGGGCUAGGCGUGGUGGCUUACACCUGUAAUCCUAGCACUUUGGGAGGGCGAGAUGGGCAGAUCACCUGAGGUCAGGAGUUUGAGACCAGCCUGGCCAAUGUGGUGAAAACCUGUCUCUACUAAAAAUACAAAAAUUAGCUGGGUGUGGUGGUGUGUGCCUGUAAUCCCAGCUACUCAGGAGGCUGAGGCACGAGAAUUGCUUGAACCUGGGAGGCAGAGGUAGCAGUGAGCCGAGAUCACACGACUGCACUCCAGCCUGGACAACAGAGCGAUUCCGUCUCAAAAAUAAAUAAAUAGCCCCACCCCUCCCCCGGCUCCCCCGGUGUCCGCCAUGGCCAAAGCCUACGACCACCUCUUCAAGUUGCUGCUGAUCGGGGACUCGGGGGUGGGCAAGACUUGUCUGAUCAUUCGCUUUGCAGAGGACAACUUCAACAACACUUACAUCUCCACCAUCGGAAUUGAUUUCAAGAUCCGCACUGUGGAUAUAGAGGGGAAGAAGAUCAAACUACAAGUCUGGGACACGGCUGGCCAAGAGCGGUUCAAGACAAUAACUACUGCCUACUACCGUGGAGCCAUGGGCAUUAUCCUAGCAUACGACAUCACGGAUGAGAAAUCUUUCGAGAAUAUUCAGAACUGGAUGAAAAGCAUCAUGGAGAAUGCCUCAGCUGGGGUGGAGCACCUCUUGCUAGGGAACAAAUGUGACAUGGAGGUCAAGAGGAAGGUGCAGAAGGAGCAGGCCGAUAAGUUGGCUCGAGAGCAUGGAAUCCGAUUUUUCGAAACUAGUGCUAAAUCCAGUAUGAAUGUGGAUGAGGCUUUUAGUUCCCUGGCCCGGGACAUCUUGCUCAAGUCAGGAGGCCGGAGAUCAGGAAACGGCAACAAGCCUCCCAGUACUGACCUGAAAACUUGUGACAUAAAGAACACCAACAAGUGCUCCCUGAGCUGAGGACCCUUUCUUGCCUCCCCACCCCGGAAGCUGAACCUGAGGGAGACAACAGCAGAGGGAGUGAGCAGGGGAGAAAUAGCAGAGGGGCUUGGAGGGACACAUAGGUAGAUGGUAAAGAGAAUGAGGAGAAAAAGGAGAAAAGGGAAAAGCAGAAAGGAAAAGAAGGAAAAGAGAGGAAGGGAGAAGGGAGAGGAAUGAAUUGAGGAAAUGAAAGAAGGCAAGGAGGUAGGAAGAGAGGGAGGAGGAAAGGAAGGAGAGAUGCCUCAGGCUUCAGACCUUACCUGGGUUUUCAGGGCAAACAUAAAUGUAAAUACACUGAUUUAUUCUGUUACUAGAUCAGGUUUUAGGGUCCUGCAAAGGGCUAGCUCGGCACUACACUAGGGAAUUUGCUCCUGUUCUGUCACUUGUCAUGGUCUUUCUUGGUAUUAAAGGCCACCAUUUGCACAAAAAAUAAAUAAA